UCCCUGCAGGCUGGAGGCUCACACGGCCAGUAGCUGGGAGCUGGAGUCCGGUCUCAGCGCCCCGCGGGGUUCUCGGGUUGUGGGGCCGAGACCGGGCAUGGCCCUGGCGCUGCGCCUGCUGCUGCUGGGGGCUGUAGCCCUGCCGGGGGGCCACUGCCGCCUGCACUCCAGGCGCGUUUUGGACGCUGUGGUGUCGGAGCCUGCCCAGGGGCUGCCCUGGUACAGCCGUGUUGUGUAUGUGGACGAUCAGCUCACCUAUGUCUACACCAGUGGGACGAAGAGGGCGGAGCCCUACACACUGUGGAUGGCGCAGAACAAGGAUUCGGAGUUCUGGGACAAGAUGACCUGGUGGGGACAGCGCUUCCAGAAAUGGUACAACGUGACUCUGAACACCCUGAGUCAGCUCUACAACCGGACCGAGGGGUUUCACAUUAUCCAGACAAUAUUCGGCUGUGAUCUCCGGGAAGACAACAGCAUUCAGGGGUUUUACCAGGAUUCAUAUGACGGACGAGACUUUCUUACCUUCGAUAAGGAGACCAUGACUUGGGUAGCAGCAGAUAUUGGGGCUCAGAUCACCAAGAGGAGAUGGGAGGCUGAAGUAAAUGACAACCAGCAGUGGAAACGCUACGUGAAGGGGAAUUGUAUUUCCUGGCUAAGGAGUGCUCUAGAGUACGGGAAGGAGACUCUACAGAGGAAAGUGUGCCCAACAGCUAGAGUGAGCGACAGGUCAUCUCAUGACGGCCUCACCACCCUCUCCUGUAAGGUCAGUGGAUUCUACCCCCGGGACAUCACCGUGACCUGGCUGAAAAAUGGGGAGAGCAGACAGCAGGAGACCUACUCUGAAGGCAUCCUACCCAAUGGGGAUGGGACCUACCAGACCUGGGUGACAAUGGAGAUUGAUCCCAAGAUCAAAGCCCAUUAUUCAUGUCACGUGGAGCAUGAAAGCCUGUUAGAGCCACUCUCUGUCUCCUGGGAACCAAAUAAUAGUCUGAUUCCCAUUGUGGCUGGAGUUAUCACUGCAGCUGUCCUGAUUGGUGUUAUAAUCGGAGUAUUCUUCUGGAAAAAGAAAUGCCCAGGGAGGAAGGGAGACGGCUACGCUGUAGCUCAGGGUAAGUGACAAGAGACCUAUCGCCUCUUUUCAAGUGACCAUCUCUGAACAGCCAUCAGUAUUUGCUUGUGGAUUUUAGCCUGGAGCCACUGACAGGAGAUCCUCGCUCCCACUCAUAGACCUUGUCUACAGUGAGGCUUUUCGGGAAAUCUCCAACUAUUGCUCUAGUACCAUAGAAUCCUAGAACUGGAAGGGACCU